AUGUACUCUGUCACAGGUUUUCAGGUGAAGGUGACUCCUAAACAGAAUUCAGCGUAUAAGACACUGACUUGUAGCACCACCUGUAUUCUGACUGGUAACCCCACCUACAUCUGGUACAAGAACGGACAGAUAAUAACUGGCAACACUUCCUCCUAUUCAGUCUACUCUAAUGCUGCAGACAGUUACUCCUGUGCUGUAAAAGGCCAUGAGGAUCUCCACUCUCCUGCAGCGUGUGUUCAGGGUCAGAGCUGCAGCAGAGUGACUUACACCAAGAGGAGCAUCUGUGUCUUGAAGGGGUCAACAGUGGACAUAUCCUGUACUUAUGUUGGUGAUUAUUCCACCACAUCAACAGUCUGGUUUAGAAGUGAUAAGUCGACCCCUGAAGACCUAACCACAGACCCAGGGUAUACAGGUCGUGUGAAGUACACUGGAACAUACAGAGGUCCCUUCACCCUGAGAAUCACAGAUCUGAGAGAGGAGGACUCAGCUGAGUAUCGCUUCACUUUUAAAACAGACAACUUUGAAUGGGGUCAUAGUUUCCCAGGAACAACUCUGACUGUCACAGUGGAGGGCAGUUCAGUGAAUCUGACCUGCAGCAGUGAUGCCAACCCACCUGUGGACAAAUACACCUGGUACAAGAAGAAUGGAGCUUCACUGACAGGAUCUGAAAAGACAUACAAUUUCACGACCAUCAGCUCUGAGGACAGUGGAGAAUACUACUGUGAGGCUGAGAAUAAAUAUGGACGUCUCAACUCUUCUUCUGUGUCUGUGGACGUUCAGUACGGCCCAAAGAACACCUCAGUGUCAGUCAGUCCCUCUGGUGAAAUAGUGGAGGGCAGUUCAGUGACUCUGACCUGCAGCAGUGAUGCCAACCCACCUGUGGACARAUACACCUGGUACUUUCAAAAUGAGACUUUUCUAAAUGGAUUUGGACAGAUCUACAACAUAAGUAAGUUCAAGUCUAAGGACAAUGGACAUUACCACUGUGAGGCCCGGAAUGGAAGAGGAUCUAGGAACUCUACAGCUCUGAUGAUCAUUUUACCAGGGAAACAGACAUCAGUUCUGAAUGCAGCUGUAGGAAUCAUAGUGGUUGUUCUGGUUCUCAUCCUCUGUCUCUCUGGACUCAUGUGGUUCAGGAAGAAGGCCUCCAAAUCCACCUCUGACACAAGAGACACAUCAGAGAAUGUACAGGGAGACUCUAGUCCAGUGUAUGAAAACGUCUCAAGCAUGGCCUUCACCCCUACUGCAGCACAGACAGCAGCCACAGUCGACCAGGAUGACGUUCACUAUGCCAGCGUGUUCAGGGUCACAGCUGCAACAGAGUGA